CCCCGGCGUCCGGCCGCCUCCACCGCGGGCGGGCUUGGCGGGAGUGGGGCGCCACUGCGCCGGGCGUGCGAGCCGGUGAGCGGGCCCCUGGGUCCGCAAGCCCCGGGCGUCCUCCCGCCGGGCGACAGAGCCGUCGCAGGCCCGCCCGCCGUGGGCCUCCCGGGCCUUCGCGCCCGUGACCGGCUCUGGACUCAGGGUUCCCAGUACAGAGGAAAAGCUGCUUCCUGCUGGGGCAGAGGCGGAGCCAGAACCCCCAGUCCCCUCUUGCUGGCUGUGCUGAGUCUUCUGGAAUGGACCUGCCUGCCCAGAAGCCAGGUCACCCUUGGUCCUAGACCUGCCUGCUCCUGGGGGAGCACAGGUGGCCCAGGCAGUGGAAACAGCCGUGAAGCCGUGACAAACAGCAUUCAAGGCAGAGGAUGCCCCAGAUCCGGGAGCGCACAGAGGGCUGCUGGGCCUGGGUGGUACUGGUGGCCUCCCUGGUGACCCAAGGCCUCACCCUGGGCUUCCCCACAUGCGCUGGCAUCUUCUUCACCGAACUGCAGCAUGAGUUCCAGGCCAGCAACAGUGAGACCUCCUGGUUCCCCUCCAUCCUGACAGCCAUGCUCCAUGCGGGGGGACCCCUGUGCAGCGUGCUGGUGGGACGCUUUGGCUGCAGAGUGACGGUAAUGCUGGGGGGCGUGCUGGCCAGCCUGGGCAUGGUGGCCAGCUCCUUCUGCUACACCCUUAGUCAGUUCUACCUCACAGCAGGAUUCAUCACAGGCCUGGGUUUGUGCUUCAGCUUCCAGGCAACCAUCACGGUGCUGGGUUUUUACUUCAGCCGCCGGCAGGCGCUGGCCAAUGCGCUGGCCUCGGUGGGAGUUUCCCUGGGCAUCACACUCUGGCCGCUGCUCUCCCGCUAUCUCCUGGAGGACCUGGGCUGGAGGGGCACCUUCCUUGUCUUCGGCGGGGUUUUUCUCCACUGCUGUGUCAGCGGGGCCAUCCUGAGGCCUGUAGCUACCAGCUUGGCUCCUGAGACCAUAGAAGGCCCACUUCCACCUUCCAAGACACUUGCGCCCGGCUGCCUGACAGCGUGUGGUCGAACCAUCCGGAGCUACCUGGCCUUCGACAUCCUGUGGCACAAUGCAGGCUACCGCGUGUACACGCUGGGUGUCAUGUGGAUGGUCCUGGGUCUCGUCCUGCCACAUGUCUUCCUAGUGCCAUACGCCUUGUGGCACGGGGUGGAUGAGCACAGGGCGGCCCUGCUUGUCUCCAUCAUCGGCUUUAGCAACAUCUUCCUGCGGCCCAUGGCUGGGCUGGUGGCAGGCAGGCAGAACUUUGCUGGCUACCGCAAAUACCUGUUCAGCCUGGCAACCCUGCUCAGCGGGCUCGCCAGCCUGGUGUGUGCGGCAUCAGCUGACUUCCGGGUGCUGGUGGUUUACUGCCUGGUAUCUAGUGUGUCCACGAGUGGCAUUGGUGCCCUCCUCUUUCAGGUCCUCAUGGACAUUGUCCCCAUGGACCGGUUCUCCAGUGCCCUGGGCCUCUUCACCAUCCUAGAGAGCAUCUCCAUUCUCAUCUCCCCGCCACUGGCUGGGUUCGUUCUGGACACCACCACCAACUUUAGCUAUCUUUUCUACAUGUCAAGCUUCUUCCUCAUCUCAGCUGCCCUCUUCAUGGGUGGUAGCUUCUAUGCCCUGCAGAAGAAGGAGAAGAAAGGCAGAGAGGUGAAGGCCGAAGGAACCAUCCCAGAGGUGGCCCCAGAGCGGAACCUCAUCGUAGAGGGCACAGAUGGUUCUGAGAAGCGACCGUGCACUGAGAUCGUGUACGUGACCAGCGUCUGACCCCUGGGAUCAUAUGUGUGACCACAGCCUCAGCCCAGGAAUGGGAUGCCCAGCGACUUUGCCAGGGGCUGGGGUGAAGGACUGCCCAGAGCCAAAGACCAUCCAGGCUCUGUACUUUGGGACACAGUCAGGAGUGGGGACCUUGAAGGCUGGCCUCCAAAGACUCAGGUUUCCUUCUAAUUAGCAGAAUCCAGGAGCAGGUCCUCCUGAAUUUUCCCCUUGGGUAGCAGAGUACCUGGGGCCCAGGAAGGUGGGUCUGAGGCCUGCCUCAGGCCUGUCACAGCCAGCUUAGCUCAGCUGGCUGUCCACUACUGCUGCUACAACUCAACACACUGGACCCUCGAGUUCAGCCUGGGUGCUCCAAUAUGAUCUUUGCCCUCCAGCCUCCAGACAGUUCCAGAGAGCUCAGCACUGCUCUAAGACCCUCUUGGAACUUAGCCCUUGCCCUGAUGCCCCAGUGACCCAGCCCUUGCCUGAUGGCUGCCCCCAACACAAGUUGCAAGGCCCCAUACUGAUUGGAACCUUGGCAAGAAGGGCACUGGGAGAGAAUGUGCUAUGGCCCGCAGUGGUGAAGGGCCAGGUGAGAAGUUGGCCUGGAUGCAGGAUUCGGACAGAUUAAAUGUGGGGUGGAGUACCUGCUCUGGCCCUGUGCAAAGAA